UCUGUCCUCUCACACCACAGAGGCAACAUGAGGCUGUGGGCCAUCCUGCUGCUCGCUCUGCUCGCUCAGACUUUUGCUGCAGAGGAGUCCUGUAUGGACCGCUGUGAGAAUGGCUUUGACUCUCAGAAGAAGUGCCAGUGUGACUCCAUGUGCAAGUACUACAAGAGCUGCUGCUCUGACUAUGAGGUCAUCUGUGGUAUGACGACUCGCGGAGACACAUUUGUGUUUGCAGAGGAUGAUAAUGACGAGCUGUUUGAAGGUAUCACUCCGACAACUGCCACUGUUGCCAGUCGUCAGCUGAGGCCCACACGGAAGCCUGCCUCAGACUUCGCUCGCAGACCACAUCGACAUUCAGAGACCACACUGGAAAUGACCAAACCCCCUCGAGUGAUGGAUACCAUACCUCAGAAUACACUCAUUUCACAGACAGUCUCACCUGCGCAGGAUCUCCUUAGCACAGCUGAACCCCCUCAGACUCACACAACAGCUGAGACGACCACUGUUCCUGUUACGACAGCCACCACUGCAGCCCCUGACCCAGACGCUGUGGCCUGCAGCGGGAGGCCUUUUGACUCCUUCAUGCAACUAAAAAAUGGCUCCAUAUACGCCUUCAGAGGCGAGUACUUUUUUGAACUGGACCAGAAGUCGGUGCUUCCUGGUUAUCCAAAGCUCAUAAAGGACGUGUGGGGCAUCACCGGGCCUAUUGAUGCUGCCUUCACUCGCCUCAACUGUCAAGGGAAGACAUAUAUCUUCAAGGGAGGCAAGUACUGGAGGUUUGAUGACGGUGUGCUGGAUGACGACUAUCCUCGAGAUAUCAGCGUGGGCUUUGACAAAAUUCCUACUCAUGUGGAUGCUGCGUUUGCUCUGCCUGCUCCGGGUCAUAAUGGAAGAGAGAAGGUCUACUUUUUCAAAGGGGAUCAGUAUUACACGUAUGAGUUUUUGCACCAGCCGUCCCAUGAGGAGUGCAUCAACCUGUCUGAGAGGUCGCCGUCCGCACUGUUCAGGCGCUACACUGACGUAUACUACAACAACUAUGAACGUGUUAUCAGCGAGCUCUUCUCUAACAUGCCUCAGCAUCACGACAAACACCACUUCAUUGACAAGGACUGGAAGGGCCUCAAGUCUCCACUGGACGCUGCCAUGGCUGGCAGAAUGUACGUCCCUCCCUGGAGGCCCACACCACGCCGCAACGACGACCAGCCUGACCAGCGGUGGGGUCAACAGCAGGGCCAGGGACAGCAGUGGGGUCGUAGGAGGCAAAGCCGUUCACCCUUCUGGGGGUCCAUGGCUGAGCGGGGCAUGAACAUGGGCCAGGACUUCGCACAAAGGGGGAUGGAAAUGGGUCUGAGGUUGGCAGAGAGGAGGAUGGAGAUGGAGGAGAGGCUCAGACGAGACUGGGACAGAUUGUGGAAUCAAGACUGGGACCAGGACAGACGGCGGGAUGGUUAUCGACAGAACAACAGAGGGAACUAUGAUUCAAGAGACGAAAGGUGGCUCUUGGGGUCCAUCCAAAGGAGUAUGCCCAUACAGAGCGUCUACUUCUUUAAAGGAGAUGCGUACUACAGAGUGGACCUCAGGACCAAGAGAGUUGACUACGCCAUGCCUCCAUACCCCAGAUCCAUUGCCAAGUACUGGCUCGGCUGUUCAGACACCACUGGGGCAGAGAAGUAGUUUCAGAUACUUUAGGUACUUUAAUACGCUAAGUUGGGGCUAACUUUGUACAUUACAGAUUAAUUUUACCUGAAACAGGCCGUGUUGGCUGUUGAAAGUGUGACACACUUAUUCAUUGUACUACAUAACUGCUCAUCAGCUUUAGCAAACACUGGAGAUCAAUGAAAGUCCACUCACUGCGGCUCUCCACAGAAGUUGGCCUCAACAUGGCCAAAGUUCAACUGGUUGAUUUAGGUCAUCUCAUGUGUUCAAAACAUCAGCUGCUCAGUUAAACACAACUAUGAUGAAAAUUUGCUACUGAGACAGAAGGUGGUGUCAGAGCUGACAGCAGUCUGAAUUUUAGGCUAUGUAACAAAGAUUAAACAGCUCAUUUUAAACAGGUUUAAGGUUUUAUGUUUUACAGAUUAAUAGCCUCAGUAACUCAGUGAUGUUUUCUGAAUCAUGUAUCUACAAAUGUUUAUUUUCUCCUUAUCAAUGUUUAUUUUCUCCUUAUCAAUCAUCAGCACC